AUGCACAAAGUGACUGCCUCCCGAGGCGACAAACAGAUCUGGGAGCUGAGUAAUCGAGAUCGUUUCACUGCACAUGCGCACACCGAGUAGGUUUCGUUUCUCUUAUGGCUUUAUGUUCAAACAUGCGCUAUUAGAAGGCGUUUUGAAGGUCCUGUCGAACGGUGUACAUCAUGCGGAACGUUUUUGCGGGAAUAUCCGUUUGUCGAAAUGUAUCAACUAAUCUCCCGGGAAUUUCCUAUCUCGUACUACCUCACGUAGUCCGAAUUUUCGUUCUAGUAAUACGCUACUAUCUUUCGGAUUGCAUUUGUUGUCGAUUUUAUUUAUAUGCACGCAAAAAUAGCCGAAAGUGCUAGGUUAACCCUCGUACUCGUUGAAAAUGUUGGACUUCCUCUCGAUUCUCCGUGACUUACGGCUUCUGUAGUUGUUCGGUUUCCACCUUUGGUUAGCAAAAGUCCCCAGUUUAUUUUUUUAGCGCCUAUCUUUACUUUCAGUUAGCAAGAUCAUGCUGCGUUAAUCAAACGCAAAAAUCUUACAUUCUUUUAACCAGAUGCCUAUAAAGUGAUGUUAUUAGCAUUCUACCGAAAAGCAGCAACAAAUUGCUAUCCUCUUGCUGAGUAACUACAAGCCAAUUGGGUUUUUAUGCUUUACUUCAAUAGUUCGGAAAGAUGUCUCUAGGGAAGUUUACAGUUUGCAUUUUGCCAUGGGUGCUUUUAACGUUUUCUGACACGUAUGUCAGUCUUAUCCUUUAAAGCACCAUAAUGAGUAAACAGGAUUGGCUCAGCAAGGAAGAUUUCGUCCUAGUUGAAUUUAAACUUUGUGAAAACGAGUAUUCGUCGCGUGCAUGCGUGUUUCUAUCUACUCUUUGGGUUUUUAUGAAAACCCAACACUCACAUUAUUAUUCUCCUGAUAUAUUUCAACUCUUGCGUCGUCGUCUUAUAGAGACUUCUGUCCAAACAUAUGAUAGUUACUGUGUUUCUUAAUAUCUUAUCUCCGACGACGGCAUUAUCAGGUUAGAAGACGCCAGUUUUGUCCCCAAGUAGUCAACUCGGGAAACUGAAAAGUACAGAAUUUGCCCGUUUCUGUACUACGCGAUCUAAGAAAGGCAUGUAUGCUAUCGAUUAUCAAAACAGCGAAAUAAACGCCGUUCAAUAAAAGAACACUUGACAAUCACUUAUCAUCGUCACAUUUUUCAUAGAUGUUUUGGCAGAUUUUGAAUAAUCCAUAUUGACCCAGCCGUGAAAACUCGGUGAGCCUCGGUGGGAUUCGAACCCACGACACUAAGGUUAAGGCUUUAGUACAGCCAACGCUCCGCCAAAACAUCUAUGAAUUACGUGAACCUGGUUGCCGUCUGAUGGAUUCUAGGUGAAUUACUUCGGAAAUUCUGCUUGGGCAGUCAAAUUACUGUAUCAGAUUUGGUGGAUUCCAGACGUUGCAGUAGGUUGGACGGGUAACUUGACCCUACUGUUUUUAAACUCGCGUCGUCCGGCGGGGCCUCGUAGCUCAAGUGGUUAGAGCGUUGGCUGUACUAAAGCCUUCCCCUUACUGCGUGGGUUCGAAUCCCACCGAGGCGCCGAGUUUUUCACAGUUGGGUCAAUAUGAAUCACAUCUUUGUAAUGGUUGUGUCUUAUUUGCAUACAGUGUAGCAAGUGAACUCCUAUACCGUAGUCAUUCCAUCUCAGCUAAUCAUUUGCUUCUCCAGACUCUACAAUUGGAUUUACUGACCACUUGAAUACUUGUUUAGCUGUCCAUCCCAGACUUCGUGUAGUGUACACGACGAGAAGCGGGGAGUCAAUUAUAACGAGUGGUUAUGUACAAUAUAGAACUGCCUCUGUGGAGGUUUAGCGCUUUUAUUUGUAUACCCUGCAACGGGAGACGAAAACUUCCUCUUCAUUCGCACGUUUCGGCUGCUUGGGCGAUCAAGUCAGGGAUUUGAGUCUUCCUACUUACUCUUAUUCAUAGUGACAGGUAAGUGUACUUUGUAUGCGUUAUUACACUUGGGAAGUGUCGGGCGUUUUGGCUAUUUCACCAGAGAUGACUUGCAGGAAUUUGAGCUAUAGAAAAAGCCAUUGGGGGAUCAACCCACAGUUCCGCUUUGUAACCUUUAAGGUUUCUAAGGCGUGCUGCCGUCUAUCGUCGCGAACAAAUAGCGUCCGGAAAUUUAAGCACGCAGCGAUAUCGAUGUUCGCUCCGCCGGUGUCUUCAACUCCCGCAGCGAUUGCUAGCGCAUCGUCUACACGUCUUUAGCUCGUUGCUCAGGCUGCUCACCAUUCCCGUGGUUGUCGUUGUUCAGUAGGAAACAAAGGCUCGCGAUAUGACUGCUCUACAGGCCAAACAGCCGACUUUGUCAACGUUCGCAAGCAGCUUGCUGCGAUGGUCCUCCAGUUAGGUUGUUGAUGUCUCGAAAAUCCUUGACCCAAGCGUGAAUAUUCCCAUCCAGAUGCUUGUUUUCUGCGGAGGUGGCAGAUCACUGUGUAAAAACCCACCAUGACAAGAGUUUUCCGGGCAUUGUUGCAAGUUUUCGUAGUUGCCCUUCCCGAUCGCUUCUGCUCGUACCGCGGUGCAUGGACAGCUUUCUGCCAAAACGGGAAUGUGUCAAUCGACACUUCUCCUCUUGUCGAAACCUUGAAUGCCGCCACACUUGCCACCAGCCAGCUUCUGCCCGUUUCGUGGCCUUUGCUUUUGCAUUCAUCUCUGUCUAUGGGGGUCCCUUGCGAUUGAUCGUGCUGCGUGAUGGCAUGUCACUGAAGUUACUCUAGCUAACUGAAGUCCGCUAUCACAAACCAAGAACUGCGAUCUGUGCUCUUGCUGUCACUGCCGACAUCCGUCAGGGUCGUGUUCUUACACCAGCUUUGCCCAACUACAUAAUGCAGGCUAUGCAGUGCACGUUUGCAGGCCUCUGCUGUGUUACAGUAGGUUGCGCUCCAUACUUUACGAAUUUGGAAUAAAUCGAUACGUUGCAGUGCUGGCAAACCCUCGUACAGAAGUGUGAUGCGCAAUGUCCUGGAUAGAUGCGAAGGCACCUGAUGACGGCAUCGGGCCUUGUGGUCGGAAAUAUCUGUCCGAUCACGGAGGACGGUGGGGCCCUUGGACUGGUGGACAGUUUCCCCUGUCCCGAGUCGAACUUUCUGUCGAAAAAAGAAGGCAAUUGUGAAAUUGGCCAUCCGAUCAGCCAGGCGUGCUUAACUUCCGUCCGUGAUCGUCGAGACCUUUGGGAUCGGCAUGUGACCAGUGUUAAGACGAAGUUACGAAUAAACGAGGCCUCCGUCGGGACAAUAGGUUGUUGUGAAAGUGUGAACAUGUUCUGUGCGCUCUGGAGAUAUCACCCGCGUGGAAGAAUCCGAUGAGUAGUUUCUGCGCUCUCCCCUAUCGCGUCACCGACGAACGACUGUACUGUCACUCACGAACGGACGACCGCUCAACUGUGCCUGAUUUGCAUGUCGACUGAGUUAAUUCGAGUCUGUGCUGCGUCGAGCCAGAGGCGAAGUCGUUCGGAGUGUCAUCUUGCUGAACCUUCGCCUUGGCUGACAACGGAAAGCGAGCCGAAUAACUAAAGAUGUGGGUGGACGUGGUGGCCGCCGUCCCAUACGCAUUUUUUAGUUUCCCGACUUUCGGUGUGAGGGACUAGCCUGUCGGUUGGCCUAACUUUGCUCGAGCGUCUGCUUCCUACUGACAGCACUGAAUGGCGAUUACUCCUGAUGCGGUGAAUCUGCGGGCGUGAAUUCGACUGAAUCAAUUACGAUCGUCGGCGAGGAUAGUUCAUUUACACGAGCUUUCGGACCGUUUUUCGGAUCCGUCUUCAGAUAUGAAAGAAUCAAGAGAAGUAACGGCUAAACUUGUGAAUUAGUCAGCCAUCGUUGUCUUGUAUCAUUUUGAAUAGUUGAAUGGAUCUUUAGACAGCCGCCAACCAUACGGUUGGGUUGUGAUUUUUAAUUUGACUACGCAUUGCUUGGCAUGCGUGUUCGAACUCGAUGCAACUUUUCAGCGACACCCGACCUGAAUCCGACAUAGGGAUAACCUUGCUUGCGGUUCUGCUAGCAGCCCAUCUGACUAUCGACCUGACAGCAACGCCGAAAGUUAUUUUUCUCCGCACAGUGGGGAUAGUGGAUCUUCCCGCCAGAACUAUUCUUCAGUCUUUCAUGUAGUUUGGUCUCUAUGGUUGCGGGGUUGGUCAGCAAUAGGAGUGCAGUAGAAAACGCUCGAUUGUCCUCGUGUAUUCAAUUGGUCCUUUGGUGCACAUGACUUGGCUACGCACUGGGUCAGCUGUCAGUGUGUGGCGACGAUGUUUGGACCUCGAACAAUACGUUCUGUGGCCUCGGAGGCUGUCAUAUUGCAGAGCAAUACAUGCCACAUUCAGGACCCUGUUUCAUCGCUGUCAUUCGUUGCUUGCACUCGACGAUGCCGUAGGUAUCUACUUAUGAACGCACUGAAACAGCUGUUUCUCUUACUCAACCGCACUGAUAGCUUAUCUUGUUGAUCUUUCGCGCAGUUUGUAGACACGCCUUAGUAUUCUUUCUUGUGUAGCCCGCAUGCAACCCUUCUUGCGUUUUAUUGGGGUUCUUCUACAGAGGAUGUGGAUAUGUGUAGUGUUUUUGCCAGAUUCUUGUCUAGUCGGAGUCGGAGUGGGAAUUUGCACUCUGACUCAUCUGCUAUUGUUAAUUUGAUUUUGGCAAAUGUAGUCAUGUAGUCAGCAUCAGGGAGCAUAUUUGGAAUGAGUGAGAGAAGCCCUUAAUACAGAUGUGAAUGAAAAGCAGUUAUUUUGUAAGGAAUUUCACAUGUAGUUUUAAUGUGCGGAAUGCGCAAAAAUAAGGGUGUCGCGCUUGCGAAAUUUUCAUUUGGGUGAAGAUUAAUGCACAGAAAAGGAUCUGUUGAAUCGUGUUAGUGGUAUGCUUUUAGUCAUUUCAGUAAUUCACCAGGUGGGGCUUGGGGAGCUCGGGUUGCCUUUUAACAGGUGUUUAUCCAUCAAUCUCGUGGACACACUCACGGUAGGCGAAUUUACAACAUACAUCGACAAAGAAUUCUGUUGACGAAUGACUCGCUGCGAGAAUAAGGAGGAAAGUUGAUUGGUGUGGCACAGUUCUUUUUUAAACUGAUAAUCUUGUCGUCCGAGAUUAGUCUUUGAUGCCGUUGCUAUGAGGUCACGUCAGUCCUGCCUGUAAUGGAGAGGAUGUGGAUUCGAGGUCAUCGGACGCUGCUCGUACGUAGCAUUUCUGAGUUCAUGAACGGCCCUUGUAUCACGUCGCUGUACACCUUCAAGAAUGUACAUAUCCUUCCGAAGCCACGGCCCCCAAGCCUGUACCACAUAUUCAAGAUGCGGCCGCUGAAAUGCUUGGCACGCGUAUCUUCGUGAAUACAAUGUUAUUGUCGGCACGCAUGCCGCAGUGUACAACUGUGAAUGGGCGAUUGACUCAACUGCCGAUGUUAGCUUUUUUACUUUCGACCUUUCCCUCCCCCCUACACACAAUCUUGGUAUAAAAUUCACAGGGGUUAUGUUUUGUAGUGGAAACUCUUUCCUCGCGCUUUCCGUUUUUGUGAAACUGCUUGGCGUCUUUGGGCAGGCAUGCUGUAUUGUGUUGUUUUGCAGACUUGUUCUCGUUCUGGCCCUUGGUUACUCCAUUUCGAUGGGACUGACCGAAUCCCAGUUGUGAUCGACAGAGAAACCAGUUCGUUGUUAUUCUGUAGUCAGCCGAUUCUGGUUGACAUCUUGCCGCGCGGGUUAAUUUUCAACCUAUCUUCGCAUAUUGGGCCGUCUCUGUCCACGAUUGCUAUGGCUACUUUGACACUCCACAUGUUCAUUUGGACCACUUGGUUCAAUUCCUUCAGGACGUUAAUUAUCCAGUUUUGUCGUUUAGAGGCUGAUACUAGUUUGAUAUGGCAGUGUUCUAUGCUGAUGAUGUUUCGUUAUUGCUGGAUUCAACCCUGGAUUACACACUCUGCCGUUUCAGCACCAACCUUGGUUUUUAGGGUCGUGCGGACCGUGUUUCUGCACUACGGGACUUCGAUGUUUGCUCUGUUAUUACACAUCUCUAAGGCUAUAUAUGUCUGGCAAGAUUGCUAUCCUGAUCUAUAAACUACUCCGGGUCUCUUCUUACGCAGAGUGCAUGGCGUACUCGCCUAUUUCCGAAGCUUCCCAGGCUUUACUGGCCCGUUCAUCGUCUUUCUCACCUUUUGCCUGUUUCCUGUGCCAGUCAUAGCUGUAAGUGAUGUACGUUCCCGACUAAUGGCUUAAGGAAGGUAGUUUAUGUGUUGUACUGCCGGUAAUACUUCGUUUCCGAUGUUCCUUUUCGGGUCUUACCAGAUAACUGGCACUGAAGAGCUACGCAGACGGGUGGACACGCUUUUGAAGCCCGCCUUAUUAAGGCUUUAGAUCGAGCAUGUGGACCCACCUAGUCUUUACUUCUAUGAAAUACUUUCUGUCAUUUGGGUGGCGUAACUUUACCUCCUCCUCUGUCGCUCAUUCUCCGUCGAGCCUACCCUGGCUGUUACCACUAGGGUUGUGCUUGACUACUUGAUACGGCUGCGAUCAUGUCUGAUCUAGCCGUCAUUAGGGUUGUUAUUCGGCUUAAAGUUAGGGCUAGACGUUAAGGUUAAGAUUAGACUUUGAGGUUAAGAUUAGUCUUUUGACAUCGGUCUGGAGCUAGGGGUUAGGCCAUUAACGUUGUCAAGUUCAAUCAUAUCUUCAGUUGCGGCCAUCACGGCAGCAGGGUUUAACGGUAUAUUUUUCUCAGUUCCCCCUCCAGCGCGAUUAGUCAUCCCGGGUCGGUAUCAGUUUGCCCGGAAUUUCUAACCAGAGUCGUCGGUACUCAUUUUUCCUUCCGGUUGACAGCCUUUAAUUUCUUGGAUUUCAAAGUGUGCGCGCGCGUUCUUCGGCAUUUUGGUGUAUUUAAACAGGCUAGUGGCGCGAAUGUAGGUUCCUCCCCCUUGCUUCCCGAAAACGGUUAUCGAUCAGCUUUGUUUACCCACUCAUAAGAUCCCUGUUACCUAUGCAACCUUAUUAUGGGAGUCCUCCUGUUUUUUCAUUGCGGCAACAUAUCCGAUCGUUACCGAGGUAUUUCUUUGGUUACAUAUUUUCCUUCUAUACUUUCUUCAGCAAUUUCCUUUUUGGUUUUAUGUAUCCGUUUCACAGGACCCUUAUAGCACUGGGUGAUUGUCGUGGUCGUCUGCGACUACUCCAGUGUGGUGGCGCUGCUAUCUGUCCACCCAUCAUCCUGGAAUCGGGUUUGCUUCAGCUAGCUGCCUACGAUCCGUGGAAAAAGUCGACAAAACCGAACGGCGAAGCUUUCAAGCCCGCGCCCGGCGUCCGGCCUGCUUUUUCCUCCUACCUCUACCCCUUAGGCGAAGGCAGUAGUGGCAAUCAGGCCUCCGUCGAUACCCCCACCGCCGCCGCCUCAUCAUGCCAGCCUCAGCAGCAGUUGGUGGACCUCGAUGAAGUGCGUCUGGCCGCCAUUACUGCCUCUGGUUGCCUCCGAGUCUGGUCCCUUUUUGCCGGCUGUGAUCGAACCCCGCUGCUUAGCGGUCGCCUUUCGGCUGCCCUACCCCGGCUGUUGGUUGAGUCAACCGUGGCUGGCAUCGUUCAACGUAUGUCUUGUCUGACCAGGCUUUUUCAUUUUGGUUCUUGGACAUUUCACUGAUUUUCCACGCGAAGAGGAUGGAUUGUCGUAUUUAGGAUCAUAGGUCCCCUGUAGAAAAUUCAGCAGCCCACCUCCAGAAACUAAUUAGUUCUGUUUACGGCUCACUCCCCACUGUGAUUGUUACACAGAUGAGCGUGUGGAUCACGUUUUGUGCUGUUCUCUGUGUAUUUGGUGGUCCGUUCGCGGCACGUACCAAUGGGUGUUUGAAUUCUCUCCUCGUAAUUACAGACCGCAACUGUCCUUCUCUUCGAAUGCAACCCGCUCUUGUAGUAUGGUAUUUGGGAGUUACAUUUUCACCCCUUAACUCCUAUCGCUGUUCGCUUUGUUUAAAGGCAUUUGAGUAAACGAAAAACGGCUCCACUUUUAACGCGUGUUAGUCGGAUCGUAAGGAAGGGACACAGCAGACCGUUUCAACUCCAUCCCGCACUCACCGUGUUCGGUUUGCAAAGCCAACUCCUGAUUUCUGAAGAUACGAAUGUGUGCAGUGGUUGAGCAUAGGAGUUCCUCCUCUCUCAAUCCUCUACUGGCCGAACUUCACCUGAGUAUCCCGUCAAUUUCCUCGUUUUUGUUACAGCCUUUGUACUGAACUUGCUUAUCUCUGUUUGUUUCUCAAACUACAUUUGCCUUUCCACCUAGCUGGCGAUGGCGGUGUGUGCUCUUCCCUGGAAUUCACCGACAAAGGCCACCUUGUCGUUCGCCUAGUCUGUGGAUCGUGCUACCUCUUCAACACCGAGCUCCGUGUCUGGUAAGCAUCUGAGCUGCCACUGGAUGGCUUUACUUUUUUAAAAAUGUUCCUCCUUCUUCGAUGAAGGGGUUUAUAACCCGUCUGGUAGAGGCAGGUUGUGGGCCACCUGCGCCGUGUGGGUGCCUAUGUUUGUGUUUUCGCUCCCAGCCAGUGGUCAGGAUUAUAAUUGGCUGAAUGAGGGCAAAAUAAUCCCCACACAGUUCUGUAUCAGCGUACUUCCAUCCUCUGUCCUGUUUCCUCAGCAUAUAGCACUAGUCGCUAUAAGACUGUCUACGGGGCUCCAGAUCGUGACCCAGAACAAAACGGACGAGUAUGUCCCAUAACGCGAUCGGUGAGCGCCUUUUCCCGUGGGAAUUUAUCCUCCUCAGAUUCCUUCCACUUCCCCACUGUAGCGUAUGUAGGCCUUUUAGCGUAUUUCGUGCCUUAGAGUUUGAGCACUCGCCGUCUGCCUACGCGAUUGCGAUUUGACUGGCAAAAUAAUAGAAAGUACAAAAAUAAUCCUUCGCAGACCAGGGGUGCACAGGAUCUUCGUGACCCUUAUAACGGUUUAUAUAGGCCUCUUAUACUUCAACAACCUCAGUCUUUACCUUCAUGUUUCUAAGUCGGAUUACAAUCAUUGUGUACCCAUCCCUAACCAUUAUUACGCUUUUUUAUACCUCCAAGGGGUUGACUACGCUGCCUAUCUUCUUUUGCUGUCUACAUUGGUCUCGAUCGCUUCUUCUUACCCUGGUGCUUAAUUGAAUUACGCCUUUUUUCCGGCUUACUUGCUAGCAGUUAGUCGGUACAUUAUCGGUUUUUUAACUUUGUCCUCAUUAAUUUCUGAGGCUCACUGACCAUGAAACUUUCAGUCCUACCCGUAUGACACCCUUUUUUUUACCCCUAACAGGGUAGAACUUUUGGAUGCUCUGGAUCCAGUGAAAUGCCAUGCUGCCAUCUCCAUGCAGCGUUCUUGUCCUUCCGGUCCACUGUGCAACCUUCAACAUAUUUCUAAACUGACUCCGCCAAAAACUGCUGGCCUGCCCCUAGAGUGAGUUCCGACUUCAUCUGAAUGUGAAUAUUGGGGCUUAGUUGCUUCCCGUACCGUUGAAUUUAUUGAGAAGUAAGGAUCAUCACAAAACCCGGCGCGAAGCUUUUCCCACUAAUCUUUAGUAGGCUGUCCAAAGUGUCUUGCCUUUUGCGACCGUUUAGUGAGUUGCGUCCAGGACGUCUGCAUGGUCAUAGGAGCAUCAUGCAUAAGACCCUGCCCAGGCCUUGUAAUUCGCCCGUAUCGUCUCAGACAUUGGUCUAUCGCUCACAUGACUACGUAUGAACUGCCCGCUUUUGUCGCUUCUAUGGUCACGCCUCGGUUCACGCUUGUUCACGGUAAAGCAUCCACCUCCAGUUACGGAACCGUCCGGGGCUAUCGGAGGCGUUCGCUGAUGCAAUGACUGACGAAGCUAAAGGCACAUCUACGCGCGUCUCACACAUGCUCUUCCAUAACUCCAAACAAAUCUUGUUCAAAGAGAGAGACGGUAUCAGGUCUUACACAAAUGAGAGACAACAAGGCUACAUUAAGAGGGGGGCAUUACGGCUAAUCCCACCGUCUUAAGCAGGACAUAGUCGCGGGGUCAGUUGGCAACUUCCUAAGCUACGAUCGUUUGCGCAUUGCAAUAAUUUAGGGAGCCGUAUAUUUAUUGGUGGUAAUUUUGCACCAAGUUCGAGAUCCGAACUGAAGUGGCCUUACUCACUUUUGCCAGUAGUAAGUCCUCUUCAAGGCGACUAGAGAUGAAAUUGAGCGCAGUAUCUGACCGAAGGUCGGAACCUUUGGUUGCCUACUGUUCUUCGCCCUCUGACGCCGCCAUGCUCUUAGAGAAAUACUUUCUAAAUGAGACAAUUCAUUUCUCAUCGAAAUGUUAAUAUUCAGCUUAAUUCAUUUUCAUUUACUCUGUUUGCUGCACCGUACCGUAAAGGUAUGACGUCAGGAGUGCCUACCGUGCCUUUUUAGUGCAUCCGAACUUUCGUGGCAACCGCCGUUCGACAGGAACCUAUGUUAUGAUCCAUGAAGAGCUUAACUGGUUACCAGUAAGGGUGACUUUUUCUCGCAUGAGGACGCAUCCACGGUUGGGAAGGGAUCUCGCACCUUCCUAACAAGUUCUUCCUUCAACUCCUCAGCUACCUAAUGGCCUCUUCUGUCGGGAUAUCCAGUGUGGUCGCGACUAAUUUAGCAUUGUAGUGCGAUUAUAGGAGACCCAGUCCCUUUCAAAAAUGAGCACAUGCGAAAUCUUUUCGUACUUUUCUCAACUGACCAGUGGGCUGGAGCCCCAGGAAGACUGGACGGGAAUUUUCACUUGACUGUUUGCUUUCCAGUCCGUAUACGGGUGGCAGUUGGUGGUACAACGCCACGCAAAGGCCAGCCACGAUGCAAGCAAACUUUUGUGUCUGGAGAAAAGCUAUUGUGGAUCACCAGUGAUUGAGCUACCAGAAUGGUGAAAGUUAAAUCCUCGAACGUCAGCUGCUGCAUAGAUUGCCACGGAGUCGGACAACGGGACCUGAGCCGCCAUCAAAUAAAUUUCUUUGCUGUCGCCACAAGGAUUCUCUUGAUGACUAUAUAACCCAACUUGUAACAAGCCUCUGGAUCUCUUUUAUUGCAGCGCUUUCCCGUCUAUGUCCUGGCUCCCGUUAGAGGGUCGGGACGUGAACUUAGCAAACACGCCUGUCUGGAAGAUACUGACAAUUGUGCAUUCCUUACCGGAAUCUGAUGGCUCUUGACGUGUACGUCGCCUGCCUCCCCAAGGUACUCAGCUCCAAGGAGGUUGACGAUCCGACCAAGAUUGUGUGCACUCGAGUAAAUGCCAUGUGGAAUGUAACCCGCGCGCUUUCAAGGCGUCCACUGUCGGGAACUAUUCCAUCAGUGGUACUUAUAUUUCGUCGUCAAAGUGAGUUGCUCUAGUCGCGUCGAUUAGGAACUCAACUCGUCAAUUGCGUCUUCUUUAGACAACAGUAGAGAUGGCUGGGUCAUUUGCUACCCGUACAUGAAAUUAAAGUGUUCCUGGGUGCCGAACCCACUCUGGCGUCGAUGAUUUCGGGGUAGCUGACCCAAGUCAGGCGUGAGCGAGCUGUAGGCAUCGGGCACACCUCUACGGUCUACGACCUGUGUGGCUGGUGUGCCAACACCGCACAGAAGUCUGCCGCUAACCGAUUAUAACGAAAAACCCUCUCUUGGGACUUACUGGACAUGCACCCCCGCCGAAUGGAUCAGUCACUAUGAGUGCCAUCACAAGAAACUGUGUCACUGAUUCGGUUACGCGUUCUUGCCCAGAAAUUUUGUUUGCUUACUCAACUUGAACGCCACAAACCCUCGGCUUCGACUUCUCUAAGUCGAUCUGUAUGUUUUUUUUUAUUUUCCUGCAUCAUCAGCCAUGAUCCCUCUGUUUUUUUUCCAGUUUGAUGGAGACCGUUUGCUGUUGACUAUUGUUUCCUGUUUUCCUUCAGUAGAAUUGGCCAACUCUCCAGUGCCCAGCGUCAAAGCCUUAGCGAGUUCCUCGAGUGCCAGAUGCAGGGUGCAGAACUGGUCGGCUCCUCAGCAGAAUUCAAAUUUUGGUUGUUGCGGUGGUUCCGCCAUCUUGUAGAGGAUGGUGCGUUUGCCCUGACGCUUUUCAUGCACUGUUAUUGCACUUUCUUAGAUGCAGUGUGCCUGAUUCAAAACUGUUCGUUUUUAGGCGAUAAUGGUGUUUGCCUGAGUAGUGAUACCAAGGAGGACUUAGUAAAACCUUGUCCGACUUUGUGGGAUCUGAUUGCAUCUCUCGUUCUCAAAAAUACUCAACAUGCUUCCCUCCAUUGGUUUCGUCUGAGUUACCCAGUUAUUGGAGGCGUUUUUCUUCUAAGGCACUUAAACCUCCAGACACCCUGAUCGUGCGCUGCACUCUCGACCGUAGUAGCUGACCAAGUUUAUCAGACUCAGUUGACUAUCUGUUCUUCCAGUUCUCUGUAAUUAGGGUGUCGAACUUGAGAUUUGAGGCUACAGAAGCCUUAGGAUUGUUUUGUGCACGUGUUUGCUGGAAACUGAAAUGAAGCGUGCUGUAAUCUUCAUGCUACGCAUGAUAGACAUAUCUAUUUGGAUGGAGUCAAGUUGGUUGAGGAUAGGCACCUAAAAACGUUGCAGUGCUCGUAGAUGUUACAAACUCCACUGGAAACUGCCAAUCGUUUCGGUUGUUUCAUCACAGGAAAGCAGUAGGAAUGGGAGAGAUUAAUACUGGUGCUGCACCGGAACUGCCGCUCAAGCUCUGCUGGUCCCUCUGAGAGGCAUUUUAAAAUUGUUCGAAGCCAGAAAACUACCAACUGGGAAUGCGGAGGACAAUGCAUUAAGACUUUGCUUCUGUCAAAAAUUCCGUGGUCAUUGGUCUGGAUCACAAGUACUUUCGCUUUUGGCUGCCGUUAGCCACGACCAAAAUCAAUACAAGUCAAAGAAGCUGGAGAUUUAACCGAAUUUGCCUACCGCUACGAGUUUGUUCUGGACGCACAAUCAUCUUUUAUUAAAUUUGGGUAUCAAAUUUGAUUUUAAAAGCUUCAGACACACCGCGCUGGGCGUCGCACCAGUGCGCCGUUCAGAAUCUCUUCGCCGUGCAGGCGAGUAGAAAUUACUCACAUGCGGAUUAGGUACCAUCGAAAUUAGUCUAUCCUCCGUCUUGAUAAGACUACAAAUCCUACUCUCCCAUGCACUUUUCUGCAAGUGGUUCUCUACGUUGUUCUGCGCUUUUCCAUUAGGUGAGGACGAACGCAUACGCCAAGUUUGCAUGGAGUUCAUCGGUCCCUUUGUUCACCCCUCCAGGACAUCAUGGCAACCAACAAUAAAGGUAGUUGUUGCGGUCUUUUACUGGAAAACUAACUUAUCAGUGGAUUUAUAAAGUAUAGGACUAUUAAGUGCGCCACAUACCCACAUGGCAAGACUUGUAAUCUGUCACCCAUCAUGCUGUAUGCGUUUUCGUGUGAUUGCAGAGCUUUCAUAGUUUAAUAAGUAAUACGUGCGACGCCAUCUGAGAUAUUUCAAUCUCAGUGCCUCAUAGAACACUUCAUGUGAGAAUCCUAUGAAACAUCAUUUUGGCGUUUCGAUUGUAGGCGGUUUCCUAAGGACCUUCGAAUGUCCUUCGCUCGUUUCAAGCCCUUACCAAACGUAAUUUGCCUGUGUGUUCAGUCUUGAGAGUCCUCAAGACCUUUUUUCUUCCCUUGUAUUGUGAAAUAAUUGCGGUGAAAUUCACAAAUGGAAAGAGAGGUCAAUUGCUGGAGUAGUCAGCGAAUUCGUCAAGGAUUUCGGAUCUGUGGUGGGUUUUAGCAUAAGAACGUAGAAACAGGAGUUAACAAAUGACUGACUUUUGUCGUGUUACGCUAUAUUGGCUGCGUGCGCCCUCGACCAAAAAGUCCGUUACGUCAUCCGGCUGUGAUAGGAUAGCGCAGUAUACGCAGGACCAAAUCCGCAGGUCCGUCUCCAUUUCCAUAAGAGUCGGAAUUUCACAUCUUCGUCCCUACUAGAUCAUAGCUUAUCUUUAAGGCUUAGAUGUUUUCAGGUAGGUGCAGAAUAUAUCCGCUGUUCGUCUGACAUCCAAGUCGCCCCUAUUGUGACCAAGGUGUAGUUUCAGUUUUUUGGGAUAGGCGGGUCCCCGGGAGGAAUAUGUGCACGUGUUAGUUAUAAUCAGUCUUUCCUCAUCCCAACAAGACAAGGUUUAGUGUGAUUCUGACGCCAAUUCUUCCUCUACUUAUUAGAAGUUUGACUUUCUUAUUUCCUGCAGGUAGUUGUAUGCAACGCUUACAUUCUGAUCGUCACUGAACCUUCCUUCUAUGCAGAUAUUUAGUUUCAGGACUUUAAAAGGGAUUUUUGAUUUCAGGGCAUCUCGAAACGCAGCCUGGUAAAGGAGUUACUGGCCCUCUUUGCAUUAAAUCUGCGAAUGCAGCGGCUCUAUGUCGAAUUGAAGGAGCUUCUCGAACAAUCCCAGGAAAAUUAA